AACUUAUUAGAAUAUCUGCUUAACCGACGUCCUUGGACGGGACCCGGAAUAGUGACGUCUUCUUUAGGAGAUAACUGUGAUACCAUCAUGGUACUUGGCAUUUACUGAUGUUCAUAUUUAUAGCGUUUCGUAAUUUUAUUCCAGUCCUGACCUGAACAAGCAAAGAAAACUUCUCAGUCGCCUGAGAGAUGGGUAAUUCGCAGUCGUAUUCUACCGAUCCCCGUUUCGCUUCCGCUAAAAGAGCGUUCACCGAGAAGGAACUUGAAGACCUGAACUUUUUGUUCCUUUCCCUCUCCGAGAAAUCAGAAUCAAAUGCGCAAUACAUCUCCCCUUCUGUUUUCAAGGUGCACAUUGGGAUUGAAGGGAAGUUGGGGGAUAGAUUAUUCGACUUGGUCACUCAGAACCGCAAAGAUCAAAAGCUUACCUUUGAAGAUCUUGUUAUUGCUAAAGCAACUUAUGAAAAGGGAACAAAAGAUGAGAUGGAAGAGUUUGUCUAUCAACUGUUAGACGUAUCUGGUGACGGAACUGUUGAAAGGUCCGAUCUUGAAGCUGUAUUAAAUGCAAUGCUUGAUGAUAUAUUUUCUCAUAAAUGCUCUGAAGGAGGACCAGGUUCAAAUUCAGACAUUAUUGACAUAUUACUCAGUGCUGCAAAUUUCACAAUAGAUACUCAAAAUCCAGCUGCAAGGUGUAUGUCUUAUGGGGAUUUUAGGAAGUGGUGUGAACUGCUCCCAUCUGUCAGGAAGUUCCUAGGAAGUUUGCUGAAGCCAUCUGACUCAGGUUCUGACGUUCCUAGAUUAGUUCACCAGGACAAUAUUCGUUCUGAUAUGAUACUGUUAAGGAAGGAAUACGCAUGGUUAAUUGGAGGUGCCCUCCCACAAGAGGAGCUCCGUGAAUGGAAGCUUCUUUAUCACAGUGCAGUCCAUGGCUUGAGCUUCAACACCUUCUUGGGAAAUAUGGCAAAUGACAAAUGUCCUGCCGUAUUAAUCAUAAAAGACAAGAAUGGCAAUACAUAUGGGGGUUAUGCUUCUCAACCAUGGGAGAGACAUGGUGAAUUUUAUGGAGAUAUGAAGUCAUUCAUCUUCCAGCUUUACCCAAAAGCAUCAAUUUAUCGCCCCACAGGAGCAAACUACAAUAUACAGUGGUGUGCUGUGAAUUUUAGUUCAGAAAGCAUUCCCAAUGGAAUAGGGUUUGGUGGUAGAGUGAAUCAUUUUGGUUUGUUCAUAUCAGCCAAUUUUGAUCAAGGCCAUACUUUCCCCUGCACCACGUUUGGAAGCCCUAGCUUGUCGGGAUGCAACAUCAUAUAUCCAGAAACGAUUGAAUGCUGGGAAGUCCAAAUCAAGAAAGCUCAAGAAGAAGCACAUCAUGAUCGCAUCAAAGGUUCCGUUCUUGAGAGAUUCAAAGAGGACAAAAAUAUGCUUAAUAUGGUUGGCCUUGCAAAUUCAAGCGAUUGAUCUGCCCUAAUUCCUGGCAUUAAUGUAACUUAUAACAAACGUGUAUGUUGGUGACUUGGUGUUGAAUAUCUAAAUGCUGUCACUAAGUCAAUAGAAUCAUACAAAAAUAGCUACUCUUCGCGUAUCACUAGUUCUGAG